UCUGCGCGACCUGACUGCCAGGAGACGUGAGGGGAGACAGCGAGGGGAGAGGUAGCUCUUGCGCCCUGAAGCGGAGACUCCGCGGGGAGCGGGUCACGAUGGUGGUCAGGCGCGCUGAGGGGUGGGUCCUUUGCCGGCGGAAACGCUGUAAAGACCGUGUGCCUCGGAACUGGGCAGUCCGAGAAGGCCCCGACCUGAGCGGCCAGAAGCCCACGGGUGCUCAGGGAGACUAGCACCAGCCUGAGGCAGGGCGACAGGAUGACACUGCGCACGCGUGGUGUGGCGGAGGCCCCUGCGCACGCGCAGACUGGAGGCCCCGGGCUGCCGCGCUGGGGCGGGCUGCCGCGCUGGGGAGGCUCUUGCCCUGUCCCACAGGCCCGUUCCUUGCGCGUGCCCCCUCCCGCAGGAGGUCCCUGGCGCCUGCUGCGUGUGGCCUGUGACGCCAUCAGGAGGCGUCCGGAAGCGCCCGGGCCCGCGACCCCGCCCCCCCCUCCCGCCAGGGCGUCGCGAGAGAAGGUGGCUGCCCUCCCCGCCCCCCCGUGUCGCCCCCCCCCCCGGCCCCCCCCCGCUCGCCCCCCGCCGUCCGGACUCGGGGCUGCGCGCGGCUCCGUCCGAGGCUCUGGCGCGAUGCUGCUGCCGGAGCCGCCGCCUGAGGAAACGGCCCCGAGCGGGCGGACGUGCGGGCUGCGGCGUCCGCGCUGCGCGUGAGAGCGCUCGGCCGCUCCGCCCUCCCCGCGCGCCGGCUGCCGCGUCACGGCCGCGUUGGUAACCGGGCGCCCAGGCACGGCCAUCGGGGCGAGCAGAGGCCACCCGCGGGCGGGCCGCGGUUGCACGAGGGGGCGCGGCUGUGCGCCCGCCUGAACUCGCUGCCUCCCUCUGCGCUGACUCGCUCCCGCCUCCUGGGCGGGGCCCGACUUAGCCUCCG